AUGGCCUGCCCUUCCGCUUUGGGCCUUGGUCUCAGACAAAAGAGCCAGUAUGAUUUUCCAGUAAUAUGCUUUUUGCAGGUGCAGUUAUUUGACAAGAAAGAAUUCCAAAAUCAAUCAUACAUAACUGAAUUCGUGCUGCUGGGAUUUGAAGAGCACCAGGUAUUGCAGAUUCCGCUUUUCCUGUUGUUUCUCCUCAUCUACAUUGUGACAAUGGCUGGGAACAUCCUCAUUAUCUUGCUAGUUGCUACUGAUCGAAACCUUCACACCCCCAUGUACUUUUUUCUUGUGAAUCUCUCCUGCUUGGAGAUCUGCUGCAGCUCAAAUAUCUUGCCAAGGAUGUUAUUCAGUUUCCUUACAGGAAGGAAGACUAUAUCUAUCAAUGCAUGUUUCGUGCAAGAAUAUGUCUUUGGUUCUUUGGGAGCUGUGGAAUGCUAUCUCUUAUCCGUUAUGUCCUAUGAUCGAUACUUAGCUAUAUGUAAGCCACUACAUUAUGUCACCAAGAUGAAUGGCAAAUUGUGUCUCCAGAUGAUAGUCAGCUCUUGGAUUAGUGGUUUUCUGUUAAGUAGUGUGACAGUGACUUUAAUAUCCAAGUUAAUUUUCUGUGUUGGCAAUGAAAUUGACCACUACUUUUGUGACACCUUUCCAAUCCUAGAAUUAUCCUGCACUGACACACAUAUAUUAAAACUGUAUCUGAAUAUUGUGUGUCCUAUAAUCACCUUUCCUCCAUUUACACUGACCUUAACCUCAUACACAUUCAUCAUUGUAGCCAUAAUGAAAAUCCCUUCCACCACAGGGAAGCAAAGGGCAUUUUCCACUUGUUCCUCCCAUCUCUUGGUAGUUACCAUUUUUUAUGGUACACUGAUUAGUAUUUAUGUGAUACCAAGCACUGUUACACUUAAUAGCCUUCACAAAGCAUGCUCAGUCUUCUAUACCAUCUUGACUCCAAUGCUCAAUCCGAUCAUAUAUAGUCUGAGAAAUAAGGAGGUAAAGGAUGCCUUGAGAAGAUUCAUUUCAGUCCAUUUUGAUAAAACUCAGGAGAAAAUAAUGUCUAGGAACAUCUAUAUGUGUUGUUUUCCUAUUAGUGCUUUUAAAAUGAGAUAG